UUGUUUUACAAACUGAAACUCUAUAAAUAAAUAAUCUAAUUUUGUGCUACGCUACAGUGCUGUUCACUUAGAACAUGGCUAACUUAUUAUUAAGUCCUUCGGAAAAAGUAUUUAUUCUUCACGGCGUACAAGAUGAUUACCGUUCAGAUGGCCGAUCAAACAUAGAUUACAGGCCUAUGGAGUUAGAAACCGAUGUAGUCAGCCAUGCAAGCGGAUCAGCCAGGCUUCGCUUAGCCAAUACAGAUAUACUUGUUGGUGUAAAAACAGAAAUUGAUGUACCAAAACCUGACAAACCAGACUUGGGAAAGAUAGAAUUCUUUGUAGAUUGCUCUGCAAAUGCAACCCCAGAAUUUGAAGGUCGGGGAGGAGAACAGCUUGCCAACAGCAUAGCAAACCUCAUGCAGCGGGCCUAUCACUCCUCACAAGCAUUUGAUCUCAAGCAACUGUCCAUCUUACAGGGAAAGCAGUGUUGGAAGCUGUACAUUGAUGUUUUGAUACUUGAAAGUGGUGGCAACCUGUGUGAUGCAGUCUCCCUCGCCGUCAAAGCGGCGUUGUUCAACACCAGGAUUCCUCUCGUAAAGGCAGCACUGAUGGACGGGGGAAAUGUUGACUUGCAGCUGUCCGACGAUCCCUAUGAUAGUAAACUUUUAGAUGUUGGAAGUGCACCACUCUUGGUAACAUUAUGCAAAAUCGGGGACAAGUGCGUCGUCGACCCAUCAGCCGAAGAAGAAAGUUGCAGCGUCAUCUCCCUCGUAGUUGGAGUCUCGGGUAACCCCCGACAGUACAGCAAGGAAGCCCUGGAGGCUCCCGAAGGCGGCAAGUGCACAACUAUAGCCAUGAACGGCCCGGGCAGCGUGGCGCCGAAGACGCUCAAGGAUGCCAUCAACCAGGGAAUAAUUGCUGCCAAAUGUCUAGAUGAAGCUUUAGGUGACGCACUUCUACGAGAACGAAAGGAAACUAUCGGCCUAAAAAAGCAUUCCUAUGGAUUUCUCAAAUAAAAUCUUAACUUU